AUGGGUAUUCUAGACAAGCUAACUAUUGCCCUUGUUGGCACACUCCCUCACGAUGCUAAGCAGAUGAGAAGCUGGAUCGAGCGAAACGGCGGUAAAUACUCUGCUAAGAUCACCAAGAGCGUCACCCACCUCAUCGCCAGCAAAGAAGCAUACAAGCAGCCCGCCGAUGCUGUUCAACAAGCCACCGACUUAGGCAUCCAUGUAGUCAGCUAUGACUGGUUCGACGACUCUCUCCAGGGGAGGAGGAAGCUGAGUGCUAAGAAAUAUACCUGGACGGUGUUGACGAAAGAGAGGAGAAAGAAGAAAGAGCUCAAAAGGCUGGGUACCUUGUCAGAUGGCAGUAAGUUCAGGAAAGGAUGCGAGAAGAUCAAGGAGUUAACUGGAUCAGGUACGUCAAAGAAAUCUGCUGUUGUUAAGCCCAGGAAGAGCAAGAGUUUCUUUUUCUCUACCUCUUCUUUGGUGGUCCCACCAACUCCUUUCGUAUCUGCAAAAGAGGAUCUCUUGCGUAGGAGGGCAGAACGGGAGAGUGCUCCAAUCGAAACUAUCAAUGACUUCACAAGCCCAGCCAACCGAUCUCCGAGCUCUUCCGUUCCAAACCCCAAGCCUAUUUGUUCAUCCCUCAAGAAAGUACCACAAGCUAAAAUUUCUCAUUGGAAAGAGGACUAUCACUACUACCAAGACGUCACGGGCUUUGAGUACAAGAUCGUCCUUGUACGUGGCGGCGAGUCUUCAAUGGCGAACUACCACAUCGGACUCUUGGAGAGUCACACGAAGCCGCAUGUGUACUGGGCACUUGUGCAGUACAAGCCUGCCAAAGUUCCACCAGUGAACGACGACGGUUCACACCAACACGUCCAGCAUCCUGAAGCCACCCGCCUCCUCUCUCUCGUCACCAAACCUACACCAGUCCCAGAACUCCCUUACAACGGCGAACUAUGCCCACGGAACAGCGAUUUCGCAACUGCCUCCCGCUCUUUCCGUCACGCGUUCCGUGACCUCACCCUCCUCUCUUGGGAAGAGCGUUUCGACACUAACAAAACCCUGCAAAAGGCGCGCGCCCAACACCUUAACAUCGAACCUUUUUGGUACGGAAAACCUAAAAUGGGCAUGCCGAUGGGAAUGCUACCGCAAGCGAUGGGUUUGUUGACUGGGGAAGUAAGUGGUUUAGAAGUCCGUGGCGAUAUUGAUGAUGGGUAUGUCCGUGGUGCUUCAAACCUACCGUCCAUCAGCGCUCCCCUAACCACGUAUGGUAUUAUCGGUGGCUCUAUUCACCAUGACGCCGAAGAGUUGCGGAAACACGAGGUGGCUCGUAUGCAAAAGAUCAAGGACAGGGAGGAAGUCGAGAGGAGAUCGAGGGGCCAACCUAGAGGAAUGGGCGUCAACCAUAACAGGCCUAUGUUCAAUGGAGCGAUGGGUAGGCCGACGGUUGAUGCAUAUGGUCAGCGUAUCAAUUAUGGCAGCAAUGGAGAUUAUACGAAGUAUACGGUACCGAUGCCGAUUGUGCGACCGGAGUCGGAUGUAUAUCCGGGACUAUGCCAUAAGAACGACCAGCGGCUCGAAGAUGAACUUCAACAGAAAGAGAAGGAGCUUCGUACCGAGAAGGUGCGUAAUGUACUGAUCGAAUCAACGCCGGAGAUUGAGAAGAAGGACUGGAACAGCAAGAAGGAGAAGGCUGAUUAG